AUGUAGAAUUCGAUCCCAAUUUCCCAUUCGACUAGCAUGUUCACUGCGAUCUGGUAGCGAGCGGCCCGAAGCUAGCGUUGCGCUUUGGCCGCCAACACUACCGGGCUCAACACACAUGCCACACCCAUACUGUAUACAGUACCGUAGGCUCUGGAUGGCCGAAUGGAGACUACUAACCUCGCCAACUCGCCAACAGAUCGCGGCCGGCAUAGAUCAUUGGCCAUAAAGCCGACGACGGCUCGAGCCCCGUCGGGUUCCUCGUGGCUUCACAGUGCCCCGCAUAGUCCGCGCUCCCCUUUGUACACCGAUGCCUUCACCUUCACCCACCCCCCUAUUCCGCCCUCAACCGACCCCUCGCCGGCAACGCCCGUGUCGAUUGCUCGACCUCCUUCGCCCUCACAUACGCCCGAAGAGUCGGGUCAAUUUCAAUAUGCGCUCAGCUCCGCCACGAGCCUGUCCUCCCGUGUCCAUGUGCGUCAUGUGCUGUGCCAACUCCCCUCCCCGUCCUCCCCCCUUUUGGGCUUGUGGAAUGCCGAACCGCGGAACAAACGUGCUAGGCACGCCGCCCUUGCAUGUCGGCUAACAGACGGUAUCAAUAGUUCAAUUCCACGUCAGAGCAACCAUGGAUGCAGAGUGAACUAGAUGUGAAUGGUGGCGGUGGUGGUGACGACGACGAAGACGACCCCGACGAUGGCUCUGCACCCCGCCCGAAUGUGAGAAGGGGCUCUACCAAGACCUCGACCAGUUCAAGCUCUUCGAGAUUCUUUCGCUCGAUAGUGUACAAGUUUGGCCGGACCUUCAAUAGAAGUAUGUGCGCCCCCGUAAGCCUUAACGCUGAAGCGGACUAGGUACUGACAGGGGCUCUCAACUCC